GUCUCGACAAAGUUAAUUAGGACUAAAAUUAAGCACAAGAAGUUUCUCUCCUCCACAACGCACAAGAAGAUCAUGCCAUUGCCUUCAAGUUUCAUCUAUGCCUCAGCAAUGCAGAAGGGCCGUGGUUGGCUUUUAUUGGUAGGGAUCAUGGGAAUGAUAUUUAAGCUUGGAUUUGGAGAUGUAUCACCAGUGGCAACGGGGAGAGUUGGAGAUCCUGCAUCCAUCUUACUCUGCAUCAGUGAAUGUGGGACUUGUCCGGUGGUUUGUUCCCCACCACCUUCCCCACUCCUGACAACUUACCCUCCACCGCCACCGCCGUUAAAACCGCAGUCACCUCCUCCACCGCUGUUAACACCAAACCCUCCACCGCCACCAUCAUUGACACCAUACCUUCCACCUCCACCACUGUUAAUAUCAUACCCACCUCCUCCACCACUACUGACAACAUAUCCACCACCACCAGAACACCACUCACCACCACCUUCUUACUAUAACUCUCCACCUCCACACUCACCACCACCACCACCACCACCACCACCUCCCACGUUCUCCAACACGCCUCCAUAUCACCAAGCGCCUCCCCAUCAAUACCCCUAUCCUUACUACUACUAUUAUGCCUCGGAGGCCGCCUCUGUUUCCUUUUCAUGCUUUCUUCCUGCUUCUAUUGUUGCUCUUCUUCUAUAUUUUGUAAUUCAGUAAUUAAUUAUUGUAAAAUUGUGGGGUGUUGUUACAUGUACAUAAAAUUAAAACGACUGUUGUGCUGUUCAUAAAUCUCCUUGUAUUUUUUUUUUUUCCCUUCAUUGAUUCAGCAAUUUCUGCUGAAUUUUAGAAGUAAACGAUCACUUCCACUACAUUUUCAUUGAAUAAAAUGAAAUUUCCCUU